CCGUCAUUCCUCAAUUCCCAAAAUGAGCAGCAUUUUGGUCACUGAUACCGACGAGUCUGCGACGCUGGAGGCGACUCUGGCCUUCCUAGACGCAUGGGAGGCCCCCACCACAAAGCGCAGCUUCGAUCCGACCGUCUCCAGCUUCCAUACACCGGCUCGAUGCCUCACGCCGCAGCAGAAGCAACAAGACCAACACUCUCGACGCAAGAAGCCUCGCCGCAAAUACCCCAACAGCUCGUCCACUGUGCUGCAGCGCCGAAAGAAAGCGGAAAUCCUGGCGCUACGGACACAAGUGGAGCAACUCGAGUUGCAGUUGACGCAACUUAAGCAAGUCCCAGCCGCCAAGUACGCUCUGAACGACGUUGAAGGCGCGCUCCUAGUAGAACCAAGUCAUUCGCCGAUAGGUUGGGCUGAGCAGGCUACGGUGCAGUAUAGAGGCCGAUUACAGUCUGAAAAGACCAAUAUUAAGCUGAAGAGCAUUAUGGCCAAUCAGAUCAAGGUCAGCGAAGCUCUGAGAACGCUGCUACAGAAGACGGCAGCGAUGGAAGACAUGGACUUCUUGCACCCAGAUCCGUGCAAACCAUUGGCUGAUGGACUAAGCAGCAUGGAACUGCUGGAAAAAAGGGUGGAGAGUCUCUAUUUGGAUGCUGAUGCUGUUUUUAAGCCCGAGAGGAUGAACUCGAUCAGUGUGGAAGCGAUGGUGAAGCAGAAUCAAUCUCUAGGCAAGACGGUGGAGAUUAUUUCCACUACACCAAUGCUGUGUCCAUUGAAGGUGGCGAGCGAUACGCUUUGGAACUGGUUCUCUCUGGCCAAGCCCGUGCGAGAGCGGACAAACAUUCUUGAGAGAAAUUAUACGCUUUUAUUGGAGAGUCAGAUCGGCACGUUGGAAUUUAGGAAACAGAACUUUGUGCGGAGAUUCGAGGAGACCGACCGCGUGGUGGUUAUUUGGGCCGACAUCUUACGGUUACCGAAGCACAAGUUGCAGUUUCGUAACCAGACAUGGAUGUUCAUUACGCCGUCGGCGGACGCUCCCAACGACGCGUCGGUGCUUCGAACAUUUCAGCAGCUGUUUGUCGACAACGAUGAAAGUCAUCAAGUGCAAGGCGCUUCCUUCGCUGAAAAAUCGGCUUUCCAGGAACUCAGCAAACUCUACCGCCGCUUUCUACAGUCCCAGCAGAGAGUGAUGCUGGAAGAGACUCGAGCCGGUGCAAAUGCAUUUGGAAUUACUGUGUAGCGUAGCAUUUGUGUGCAUUUCGAUAAUUUCGCCCUCGAUUAAGACAAUUCCCAUAAAUUUUGAGCAACUCAUAAAAAAAAACCAAAUAUGUUAGAAAGGUCAA